GUAUGUCAGACACUCAAUGUGAAACAUUAAAACUGUUCAGACAAUCCAGGCACUUAGACUUCCAUUCUCCGUGUCAAACAGCUGAACAGGACAGAUUUAAUUAAAAAAAAAAAAAAAAAAAUUAUGAAUGGAAGACGUCGUACCGCUAAAUACGUCAUCUUGAAGAACGCCUCAACUAUUCACUCAAGCGAUCAUUUGUAAUUAUUUCGACGCCCAGUGGUGCGGCUACAUGAAUAAAUAAAAUAUGAAGCACUUCUACGUGAAACUCCGGAGAUGCCGGAGAUUGAAUCAAACAAGUGACGUCAUCGAUGAGCGCCUCCGCUGGCCUUCGAAAUGGGCUCGACUUCUGAGCCUUGAUUUUUGUCACAUAUCGCUUAUGUUUAUCUCCUUAAUUCUCCCCCCUAAACAAAAUAUUUCCGAGAUGACAAUUGGAGGAGAACUUUCAGCGGAAGUCAGCUGGAGGAUUUCAGAGCUGGUGCCUGAGCGGCCCGCCUGGCUUGCAAGUGUCAACUCCUGUGGCGUGCAGUGAAUAUACUUUCUCGGUCCCAGUGUCGCGAUGAAACCGGCUCAGGAGCGCAACCAGGAGUGCCUGCCUCCUAAGAAGCGGGACCUUCCUGUUAGCAACUGUGGCGGCGCCGCGGGGACGCCAGCAGUGGGGUCUGUUAUGGAAAGAGGAGGUGUCGUUGUUGGAGAGGAUGAAGUAGGCUCCAUUCAAAACUGUGUAGCCAACAGUGAGUCUCAGGGAGAGUGGCUGCGAACUCAUUACGGAGGAGACUCUUCUGAAGGCAUAUCAGCAAUCCCAGUAGACCAGUACAGUAUGCUUUACAAAGUGGCUCUACCUUCAGUUACGUACUCGCCCAGCAGUCCUCACCCAGUGUUAAGCCACAUUUCUCCAGCCUACACUGUACACUCUCCCCUCUUGCAGCACCCGGGCCUUCCUUAUCCUCCUUUGGGCUACGCACAGCUCCCUCAUUCUUCCCUCCAGUUCGUCAGCUCCCCAUAUGCAGCAGUUCCGUACACUUUACCGCCCGGUUUUGUCCCCAGUUCGUUAAUCUCCCCCUCAGGAACUAUCCCUCAGGCCCACGCCGUGUCCCACCUUGUCCCUUACCCCUCUGUCAUACAAGAAGGUGUGGUUUCUCCGCCACCCCAGGCUCAGGUCGCCGCUCAUACCUUUGCCAAAGUUUCCGGGUCCAGCAGCGUCCCGCUGAUGUUGCCUUCUGAGCAGGCCGCCCAGCAGCACCUCAGCGCCGUUGGAGUGGUGUCCGCCGCAGAGCUCGGCUCGCGGGAGAUGCCGGUCUUCUACCACCCUCAGGGUGCCGCCAGGGCCGCUGCCUCCAGGGAUGGCCAAGAUGUGCACCAGGAAAAGGAGCCAGAAAUGAACGGAGGGGGUAAGGACCAGGUGGCCAGGGAGCUACCGUGUGACUCUUACGCUGGCAGGAAUGCACGGGUGCAGCAGGUAGCUGCCGUCCUCCCGGCGCAUGAGCCUAACCAGAAACGUCGGUUGAGCUCACCCUGUCAUCGCAGCACUCCAGACAGCGAUCUGGAGGUGCAGCAGGUGGUUGGCAGCUUAGCCUCCUCCUCCAGCCAAGGUGUCAGCGGAGGCCGCAAAGAGGUCUCCUUUGCCCCCUUGAAUCUGUCUCAGAGUGUCCAGCGAACCAGAGCUGUGGCCCAGCCUGCGAGCUACGGUGAGCCCAGAGUGAGUGGACAGCAGCAGCAGCAGCAGCCAGUGGGGCCGCCGGCCCAUGCUGUCAUGCUGGCCAACGGGCAGCCGGUGCUAAUCCCUGUGGAGUAUCACCCGCAGCCGCAGCAACACUACCCAGCGCAGGCUAAUGAUGGCUCUUCCAAGUCCUCCUUUAAAGUCUCAGACACUUUAGCCAGAGCGUGCCUCCCCGAGAGGGCCGCAGGAGAGCCGUUCGUACCCCAGCAACAGCCUCCCGCUGAGGUGACCCAGGCCUUAGCCUCCGCCGCCCCCGGUCCGGUCACCGGCAACCCGUCGCACUUCAUGAAAGGCGCCAUCAUCCAGCUGGCCACCGGGGAACUGAAGCGAGUGGAAGACCUGCAAACUCAGGACUUUGUACGCAGCGCUGAGCUGAGCGGAGGGUUGAAAAUAGACUCCAGCAUGGUUGUGGACAUCCGCGCCAGCCAGCAGAGGCCCGGUUUGGUAACGCUGCAAUUCACCGUCGGGGAGCAGCAAAGCAAAGUGACCAUCGACGUUCCGCCGGAGCACCCCUUUUUCGUGUUUGGCCAAGGCUGGUCGUCGUAUAGCCCGGAGCGCACCGCACAACUCUACGGUUUGGCCUGCCACCAGAUGCAAGUCGGGGAUGUGUGCGUCUCGGUCACGCUGCAGCAGCAAGCGUCGCAGCAGAAAGCUGCGCAACAGCACAUCGCGGCCAGGACGUUGAGCAAAAGCGGCUCCGUGUCGGAACCUGCUCAUCGGCUUAUGGGGCCUCCCGCCCCGCAGCACUCGCGCCCUCAGGCUCAUUUCAGGACAGAGCGCGUGCACAGAGACAGACCGAGGGAGGCUGAGAAAGACGCGGCUGACAAGGAAGAAGCCGAACCCCACGUCAGGCCCGGUCGGACCUCGGGCGAGUACCCCCGCAGUCAAAGCGGCUACCAGUUGCACACGCACGCCUCAGCCUUCGUAGGCAUCGCCACAGGGGCUUCUCAGAGACGCUGGUCUUCUCCUGGCCUCCAAAGAUACAAUCUAAAGGGAGAGCACACUGCCUGUCCUCAGAUCACCACCUCUGGACACAUCCGGCCUUCAUUCAUCCCCCAGGAGGUCAAACUGUCCAUCGAGGGACGCUCCAAUGCGGGAAAGUAACGACCUGCUGCCGACGGAGAAACGAGUGUGAAUGUAGCCUGCGAAUGUUGAAGAUUUUUGCACAUUCAACCGAAAAAAAUCGAAUUCUGGCUUGGCGUCACUCACCUUAAGGGGUAAGGUUGUAGUACGCUACAUUUCUCCGCACUGGGAACGCGUGCGUUCGGCCCUCUCCAGGUUGCGUUUGGAGCCUUGUGAUCGUUGAUCCAUUCCUGACUGUCUGCGUCUGUUACAGGACGCUGGGGCGUCCCGGCGCUUGUCUUACAAUCCAACUUGUGAAGAAUCAAUCACACACCUUUUUUUUUUUGUGUCCUCAAAUAAGUUUGUCUGUUCAUGUGUGUUCGCAUAAGUGCAACAAACUGGAAUCAGUGCUUUCGUCAUUCCAGUAUUAAUUCGUCGGCCCCUCCGUGUUCUUCAAAGACCUCCUUAACCCUUUAUAGGGCAAGUGAUUAUUGUUGGUGGUUUAAAAAAAAACUUUAUCCAUAAAAGACCUGGUUUCCAGAUACAGUGGGGAGAACAAGUAUUUGAUACACUGCCAACGGGAAAACCCAUUGGCAGUGUAUCAAAUACUUGUUCUCCCCUCUGUGGGUGGACGCCAGGUCUUGAUUUGAAUGAUAUAUAUUUUUUCCCCCCUUCCUAUUAAUCCAUAUUUUUAUUAAUAAAAAAAAAUAAUUAAAAUGGAAUGAAUCAACACAGAAAUACACCCAUGGUCAAACGUUUUGAGACACUUUCUCAGUCAACUGAUUGGUGAAAAAUCUCAAAACUUAUGACCGUGGGAGUACACUGGUUAUAGCUCCUAAUAACAUGAUAGUUUUUUUAAAGAAAAAUUUCAUGAUACUGUAUCUAACCCAUUGUCUGCCAUUGACAUUGAUAGAUGUCCAAUUCACUUAAACUGAGAGGACAGUUGUGAAUGCUCAUCUUUUGUUGCCAUUGACGCCACAAGAUAUCCAAUCCAUUUUGAUUGGUAGAGGCUGGCAGCAAAUGAUCGCUGCUAGCCCUUCCUGUUAAAAUGGAUGGGACAUUUAACACUGUCAAUGGUAGCCAAUUAGUAAAAUGAGUGUUCUAUAAAGUGUUAAAUAUCAGUCGGGAAAUAGCCCAAUUGCAUUCAUUUCAAGUCUGCCUGGAAAAAUUGAAGCAAUAGUGUCGAUAAUGGGACGACCCUCAUCAGAUAUUCUUUCCCCCCAAAAGUGCCACCUCGUCUCUGGAAAAUUAAUGCACUAUCCCAUCUUCUCAUCUCACUUUUUUUUUUUUUUUUUUUUUUUUUUUUUUUUUUGCUCUCCCGACAUUUGUCUUUCCUCAGCAUGCGAAGGGAACUCGUUUGGAAAACUGAUGUGCAUUUUUUGCACCUGUUUACAAAUCAGCCAAGUAAAUGCUGCAGUUUCCUCACGCUGUCCUAAGAUUUAAUAAGUGCAAUUAGAACAUACGUGGAGGUUUUAGCAAUCAGGAGGGACAUCAAGCAUACACUCCAACAUUCCUACUGAAAAAAAGUACAAAAGAUACUUUCCUUCUGGGACACAUUCAUUUAAUCUCACACCAUUUACUCUCUGUCUAGUUUGCUUUGCUUGUGAGCAGCAGAGGCUAAAGUUAACAUGGCUGCCAAUCUUUCCAAGUCGUUUUCUAUGCAGUAAAGACAGCAGGAACGCUUACCUGAUUGCCAUUUUGCUCCAUCCUUCCUCGAAGGAGACGUGUUCCCGCUUGCCAUGCAAUUAAAAAACAAAUAAAACCUCAAGUCUUGUGUAAAAAAAAAAAAAAAAAAAAAGGCCAAAAAAUACAUUUAAACCACAUUUGUUCGUAAUGUGUUUCCCAACUUUAUAGUCAAGGCACAUCAUUUGAGAGAUAACUAAUGGCAAAAAAAAAAACAAAAAAAAAUGUCACUGUACACAAAAAGUUAUGGAUAUUGGGCCUCUGGGUUGCAGUUUGAGGGGGAACCCAAAAUGCACUAUAACCAGAAUUGUAACUGUUUAUUUUCGAGGACAAAGUAUGUUCACAAGAAUGUGUAAUCUUGAAAUUUCUCGAAAGCCUAACAUUGCAAAUUUUGUGAAAAACUGUUGCACAGAGCAAUUGUAGCUUCUGCAAUCAUGUUAAGAAUAAGUCACUAUCUGUCACUAGCAUAGAUUACUGAAGACACAACAUUCGUAGUCGAUAAAUAAUAAUUAUCUCAUGGCUAACUAUUGCAAUAUGCCAUCACCUUAAAUUGUCAGACACGUAGCAAAAUUGCCUAAGUCAUUUUUUUUUUUAAACAUCUUUGGAAAAACAAAAAAAAAUCCACCAGAAAUUCCAGUUGCCUUGAUAGGAAAGAAAAAAAAGCAUUGAAUUCUGCCUUUUUCCAGUUUUUUUUUAUUUAUUUUUUUUUAUUAAAAGCAGUAGAACAUCAGUAACUUUCUAGAUUAUUUACAGAUAAUGGGGAAAGUUAGCAUUUGAACAUUAAAGCAGCUAAACACUUUUGGAAAUGGCUUUUGAUAGCACAAUAAUCAUGUAUUUAGCAAUAUCUCAUGCUGUGAGUGGUCAACCCACUUGUAAUAUUACUGUACUUGUUUACAUGGUGACAGCUAUCCUUGACAUAAUGUAUAUCUAAGAUCUUAGUAGGUCUUGUGACAUACUACAUAAACUCAUACUUUGUGAAAUCUGCAUAUAUAUAAUUUAAGUGUAAAACGCGUCAACCUCUCUGACUUACUGUAAGCCUAUUGAGCAUUAUCAGCAAAUCUCGAUUCAAAAGUGGCCAGCACUGCCCACUAGUGGCACUGUAGUCUCAUUAACCUUGUCAACAAACUUAGGUUUCACAGUACAGCUGCUUCUGACAGUCUCUGUGAAAGUGUACGUAAUUGGAAUGGAAGAUUUGGUUUAUAAAUUAUGUAUAAAUACGUCUUUGGCACUGAACAACUGAUACUUUUUAUCAGUGUGCAGACAGUAAGUUAAUGACUUAGGCAAUUAUGCCAUAAGGCUAGCCUUAUUCGAUUGUAACGGAAUUAGUAUGGCGCCAAAAAUUUGCCAACGCCUAAUUUAAUCUCCUAAAACACGAGGUAUUAAUCCCAUUUUCGGGCGCAAACAGUGCCGCCUGUCUUUACCGGAGAACAUAAAGCGCUGUUUUGGUUUAUUUUUGUUGGGACACUUAUUUCGACAUGGCUGCCAGUGUGUUGCUGUAAGUAAUUGCACUAAAUAUCUCGUUCUUGACAGUGUUGUUGCUUUAACUUGGAAGAGUCACAGUAUGGAAAGCCCAGGUUGUGCACCGGAAGCCGUUGGAACCUUUAUUAUUCGCUUAAUGUCCAUGUAUUGGUAUGUUCUUUGCUCUUAAUAGUAGGAAAACUACGUGCUACUGGUAGGGUAAAAGUACACCAUUUGAUAUUCAUUCAUUCAUUCAUUCAAUAUUCGAGUACUGCAUGGAAUUGUGUUACUAGUGAGACCAAAGAGCAUUCUAGAACAUGGAGUUUAAGAUGAUUAUCAAGUAUGUGGAGUAAAUGCUCCAACUUGGGUGUUGUUGUCGUCUAGCUAGCUUUGACCACGAUUGUUUGAUGCCUUAACUCCUGCUUCGUACAAUUUUGACGAGUGAGUGAUGGUCAACUUCCUACAGGUGAAUUUCUCAGAUUGUUUCCAUGUUGACUUUAAACAAGAAGAAGAAAAACACAAAAAAGCAGAACGGUUUCAAGUUUUAAAGAUGUAUUUUUCCCAAUUUGGUUGUACUUUUGAUGUUUUUUUUUUUUGUUUUGUUUGGCACAAGAUGACACUGCUUUGUAUGUGACGUUGUGAUGUGUAACUGAAAAUGAAAAACUUUCUUUUCCAAAAUGCCUAAAUCUGCAAAAUAUAUGCAAAGAUGUAAAUGUCAAUCCUCAAGUAUAAUCCAGGUCGUCUGAACUCUGUAUAGUGACUUUAAUAUCGUCUGGUCGUACCAAUAUGUAUUGAUCUGUUAUCAGAAGCCUUAUAGACUUGUCCACCCAAAGUGCACCCUUAGAACUACCCUACACCUACCUGAAUUUAACAAAGCAUUAAUAUUUCUAUUUUGUUGCUUUUUUAUUAUAAUUUUUACCCUUGGAUAAAAUAGAUUUGUACUGUAUAUUUGUACCUCUCCGUGAACUACUUAGAUUAUUUUUUUGGUUCAUUGUUUUUGUUUGGCUGUUUGACCUCUAUGUACUUUAAGGACACAAAGAUAUUGUAUUUUUAUUGUUACAGCUAACUCUGAGAUGUUGCUUUGAACAUAUUAAGUCAACACAAUAUAAUAUAUAUAUAUAUAUAUAUACAUCUAUACAAAUAUAAAUAUAAACUUAUCAA